AUUGCUCAAGAAGAGUCUGUCCGCAACCUAUGAGCUUUAACCCUAGUAUAAACUCCUUCAAAAACAAAUAUCGGAAGGGGAUUUAUUACUACACUGUGAAUAUUUUCUCUAUGUAAAUUCAGUCAUGAACGGCAACACCGACAAUCACCUGCCAGCAGAUAAUGAUGCUCCAGAUGAAUCAGCAGGGGGAACACAAAGGAUGUCAAAAACCCAGAUUCUUACCCUUAUGUCAACUGCAUCUGUAAACUUUAGUUCUAUGAUAUGCUAUUCCAUUUUAGGACCAUUUUUUCCAAAUGAGGCUGUGAAAAAGGGUGCCAGCGACACCACUGUUGGACUGAUAUUUGGAUGCUACGCCUUCUUCAAUCUACUGGGCUCUUUAAUAUUAGGGAAAUAUAUUGUACAAAUUGGGACAAAAUUUAUGCUUAUUGCUGGACUGUUUGUAUCAGCAUGGUGUACAAUUAUUUUUGGUCUGCUUGACAGAUUGCCAGAUGGAACAGUUUUUAUAGUUAUGUGCUUCAUCACAAGAUCCAUAGAUGCAAUAGGCUUUGCUGGAGCAAUGACAUCAUCUUUUGCUACUAUUGCAAAGGUCUUUCCGAACAAUAUCGCUACAGUGUUUGGAUGUUUGGAAAUUUUCACAGGGCUUGGUUUUGUACUAGGGCCUCCAAUUGGUGGCUUUUUGUACCAAUCGUAUGGAUAUGAGAUCCCUUUCAUUUCACUGGGAUGUGUUCUUCUUUUAAUGGUGCCAUUUAACAUGUGUGUUUUACCAAGCUACGAUGCCACUCCCAGCAAAGAUUCUUUUUGGAGGCUUUUCACUCUGCCGAAGAUUGUGCUUAUAUGUUUCGUUAUCUUUGCUAUGAGUUCAUCUCUUAGUUUUCUGGAUCCAACCAUGUCCCUCUUUAUAAAGGAAAAGUUCAACAUGCCAUCACAUUAUGUAGGACUCAUAUUCAUCAGUUUGGCAUUGUCAUAUUCACUAUCAUCGCCUUUAUUGGGAGUAGUUAGCGACAAAAUGCCUACCCUUCGAAAAUGGCUUAUGGUGAUUGGAGGAAUGUUAUCGGCCGUUGGCUUUUAUUUAUUAGGCCCUGUGCCAAUUUUUAACAUCAAAAGCCAACUGUGGUUGUUUGUCCUGAUGCUGGUCCUUAUUGGGUUUUCGUUAGGCAUGACAGGAAUCCCCACUUUCCCUGAGAUCCUCACUUGUGUAAUCGAAAAUGGAUUUGAGGAGGGCUUAAGUACAUUAGGCCUUGUGUCUGGUAUGUUCAAUGCAGUGUGGUCAUGUGGAAUGUUCCUUGGUCCAACACUUGGUGGAUUCCUUGUAGAAAAAAUUAAUUUUGAGUGGUCUUCAGCCAUUCAAGGGAGCAUUGUGUUAAUUGCUUCCUCCCUCCUGGGUAUAUACUUCAUCAUAGAAGGAAGGUGGAAAAAAAGGUCUCCUCCAACAUCUACGACUGGAUCAGAUGAAGAAACAUCUCCUCUGUUGCCCAAUGGCAUAGAGCCUAACUAUAAACUCUCCUGAACAAAAUGUAUUCAUGUUUCAAAUGUAUACUACAGCACAUACUGUAAGAUGAUCUGUUUUUGCUGCUGUACAAGAAUAAACAAGUGCAUGGAAGCAAAA